CACACUAUAUGUACUAAGGCGGUACCACGUCAGACGCUUCUGAGUACGCUGCUCCGGGAGACGUUGGCUUCAAAGAUUAUCGUGAGCGGUGAACGGAGUAUUGACCUACUGCUAAGCUUAAUUGUUUGCAUAACAUGGUAAGCCAGUUUCUUCAAUUGGAGACCCGGAUUUACGCCUGACCACAGAAAGGUCAAUGUAUGUAACGCACGGGAAACAGUUUUUGGGCUCCAUGUCAGGUCUAGCAAGAUCACUCGUUACCGAUUUGCGACUAGUACAAAAACCAUCUAAGUGUCCAAGCAUAGGCCCUCAAGGCCCUCAGCUCGAUAACAUUGGAAUUCAAACACAGGAAGCAAGCAGAGCGUUGCUUGCUGUGUUCGGACUAAGCGCAAUUAUCUCUACUACGCUCAAAUAUGACUGUUUGCCGUGGUCAUCACAAAUCGAAGAAGCGUGUGAUAAGCUCACGAGAAAUGCGGAAGACGAAGGAGAUAGGAUUCUUGUCGCUACCGCACGCAUAGCGCGAAUAUGUGUCAACGCAGCGGAAGUAGCUCGACGAGCUUUAGAAGAUCCUAACUAUACCAACCAUGUGAUUCCUACUAUUGGACCUCUUAAGACCUGCCUGGACAGUGCUAGGAGCACCCUCACUGCCGAACAGCUCGGGCAUAACACCAUCAUUGCAUUCCUCUAUAGCGCGGAGAUAACGAUUUACGAGUUAACCCUCCUUCAGCAUCCGCCAACCUAUCAGAAUCCUUCCGACUACAGACGCAUCGAAUAUCUCACCUCCUGUCUGCAAUCUUGCAAGUCCGUCAUAGAAAACUAUCUUCUAUCAGAUAUUGCACACAUCACCGGAUCCGCCAUGCUCAUCGUCAGCUACAGCGUCAAGGUUCUGUACAAGCUUUCCACUCUAAAUCAUGAUCCAGGUUGGGAUUCAAGAGCAGUGAGGGAGACGGUGGACAUUGUCAGUUUUCUAGAGCAGCUAGCUGCGGUCGCAGAACGUGAAAACGCUAGAUUCAAGGAGCAAACUGGGGAGGACUGCGUUCUAGCUGCGGCGGCUGAAGCUAUAAGGAGGACUGCGCCAAUUUGGCGGGUUGAAGAUCAAGACAUGGCACUGGAUGGUACUGCGGCAGCAGCGGAAUGGAAUGGUGCCGAUUCCUCGAUGGAUUUCUUUGACAGCUUCUAGUUGUCGGAACCGUUUGACUUUUGAGAGGUAGCGAGUACUUUGUCCUAGGGUUGCAUCAAAUGCAAAAGUAUUGCCAUGUCUGUUGAAGAUGUCGAGCCUAUUUUGCCGACUAUCUAUUCAAGGUUAUCUUAUCUGCUCGAGCGAUGGCUAACCUAUAUGCGACUGCUGUAUUCACCUGUUACAUCAUCUGAAUUUCCGUAUCUCGGCUCUAUCGUCCCUCCGUCCCUAACAUUGUGG